AUGUCUGGAUUUCCGUCAAGGCCACUGGCAUCUCAUAUGCGGCAGCCGUCGCUAUCCGCCAACGUUGGGGGCCAGUCUCCUGCGUUAGUGGCGCGGGUCAACGAAAAGAAAGCCGAGCUUGAGAAUCUCAAGGAACUUCGACAUCUCAGUGCGGAGGUUGCUACACAAAUGGAGGCUUUGGAACAGAAGCUCGCCACGCUUUCUGAUGGGACAGAGGCCAAACUCCCCAAGCCCGCCGCCGACGCCGUGGAUAGAGACGAGACGCCUCUUCCCCAGACGCUUGUUCGGAUCCCGACGGAACACGCUCCCGCGCUCCAAGCACACGCAGAAGGAGCAGCCGAGGAGGCAUCUGGAUGA